UCCAAUCCCGUUUGAAAAACGAUACUACUUUUUUGUUGUUCACUCUCUCUUCGCGCAGCUGAAGCAGAGAGAAGUUGAAUAGAAGCAUGGCGCCUCCCAUUCCGAAAGUUCUGAUGGUCGCAGAGAAGCCGAGCAUCGCUCUCUCUAUUGCUUCUGUUCUAUCUCGCGCUCAGAUGUUUACGAGGAGGGGAAGUACGGAAGUUCAUGAAUUUGACGGGAAGUUUCUUGGAUCGCCUGCAUAUUUUAAAGUAACAUCAGUUAUUGGACACGUAUUCAGUGUAGAUUUUCCUGCUAAAUAUCAAGAUUGGACAGCCACAGAUCCGUUAGAUCUUUUUCAGGCUCAGGUUAUAAAGAAUGAGUCAAACCCAAAGGCACAUAUUUGUAGACAUUUAAGUCAAGAAGCUCGUGGAUGUCGUUAUUUGGUAUUAUGGUUAGAUUGUGAUCGUGAGGGAGAAAAUAUAUGUUUUGAGGUUAUACAGUGUACUGGUUUCAAAACAAAUGACACUUACCGUGCACGGUUCUCUUCUGUUACUGAGAAAGAUGUUGUGAAGGCCUUAGACAACCUUGUCAGACCAAAUAAAGAUGAGGCGAUGGCUGUAGAUGCUAGGCAGGAGAUAGAUUUGAAAGUUGGAGUUGCGUUCACUCGAUUUCAAACGAGUUAUUUCCAGGGAAAAUAUGGGAACCUAGACUCCAGGGUCAUCUCCUAUGGUCCAUGUCAGACUCCAACCUUAGGAUUUUGUGUGCAGCGAUAUUUACAAAUAAACACUUUCAAGCCAGAAAAGUUUUGGAGUUUGCACCCUUACAUAAUUCAAAAUGGCUAUGAAAUUCAGCUAGAAUGGCAUCGUGGCAGAUUAUUUGACAUAAAUGUUGCUAUGAUGUUUCAAAAGCUUGUUUCUGAAGAUGGACUUUUGGAAGUUACUGAAAUAUCAGAAAAACAGGAAACCAAAAGUCGUCCUGUUGGUCUAAACACAGUGAACCUUCUAAAGGUUGCUUCAAGUGCUCUAGGAUUUGGCCCUCAGAUGGCUAUGCAACUAGCUGAACGGUUGUAUACUCAAGGUUUCAUCAGUUAUCCACGCACAGAAAGCACAGCAUACCCUCCUUCGUUUGACUUUCGUGGUGUGCUCUCUGCACAAACAAAUAAUCCAACAUGGGGUAAUUAUGUACACGGGCUACUUACCACUGGUUAUCAAAAACCUCGUCAAGGAACAGAUGCAGGUGACCAUCCUCCCAUUACCCCAAUGAGAUCAGCAGCAGAAGAUAUGCUGGGCAAUGAUGCUUGGAAGCUGUACCAAUAUAUUUGUCAACACUUCAUAGGUACAGUUUCUCCAGACUGCAAGUAUAUAAGGAAAAAGGUUGAGUUUUCCAUUGGUGGAGAGUCCUUUCAUUGUACAGGGCAGCAUGUUGUCACCAAAGGAUUUACUUCUAUAAUGCCUUGGUUGGCCUUAAAUGAUAAAAAUAUUCCAUCAUUUGUAAAAGGCCAGAAAAUAGAAGUAUCAAAGUUGGAGCUCUAUGAGGGGAGUACCAGUGCUCCAGAUUACCUAACUGAAAGUGAGCUGAUAUCCCUGAUGGAGAAGAAUGGAAUAGGAACAGAUGCUUCAAUUCCUGUACAUAUUAACAACAUAUGUGAACGGAAUUAUGUGCAGGUACAAGCAGGCAGAAAGCUUGUCCCAACCCCAUUAGGCAUUACAUUAGUAAGAGGUUAUCAAACUAUAGAUCCAGAUCUCUGCCUGCCUGAUAUUCGUAGCUUCAUUGAGCAACAAAUUACUCUUAUUGCCAAGGGUCAGGUAGAUCAUCGACAUGUGGUGCAGCAUGUAAUCCAACAGUUCACGCAGAAGUUUAGUUACUUCGUCAAAAAGAUUGAAGAUAUGGAUGCAUUAUUUGAAGCACAGUUUUCUACUCUUACUGAUUCAGGGCGUAUUCUGAGUAAAUGUGGUAAAUGCUUGAGAUAUAUGAAGUACAUUUCUUCUCAGCCUCCACGAUUGUAUUGUGGUACAUGUGAGGAGGUUUAUUAUCUCCCACAGAAGGGAAACAUCAAGCUGUACAAAGAAUUGUCUUGUCCUUUAGACAAUUUUGAGCUUUUAAUUUGCUCUAUGCCUGGUCCAGAUGGUAAAUCAUUCCCACUAUGCCCAUACUGCUACAGUAAUCCCCCAUUCGAAGGCAUUGAAGCACUCAUCAAUACCGCUAAAACUGGUAGUGCUGGCAAGAUUGGCAAGGGAUCCGGCAUGCCCUGCAGCCUAUGCCCUCAUCCAAGUUGCCCAAAUUCUCUGGUUUCCCAGGGUGUAUGUGCUUGUCCAGAGUGCAGUGGAACACUUGUCUUAGACCCAAUAAGUGCUCCCAGAUGGAAACUUUGUUGUAAUAUGUGUAAUUGCCUAGUUUUUCUUGCACAGGGCGCUCACAGAAUCUCCACAACUAAAGAGCGGUGCGGUGAAUGUGACUCUUCAAUCAUAGAAGUAGACUUCAACAAGAAAACAACUCCUCUGGAAGACGGAGCAACCUUGCACCGAGGCUGCAUUCUAUGCGAUGAGUUGCUUCAUUCCCUUGUGGAAAUGAAACAUGGUAGAAGUUUCAAGCACAUGAGCUCAAGAGGAAGAGGUAGAGGAGCAAGAAAAGGUGGAAGGGGCAGAGGACGCGGGGGUGGAAAAAUCAUGGAUCCGAAAAUGAGUUUCCGAGAUUUUUAAGUAAUGCCCAGUUCUUCAACACAGUGUUGUUUGAAGAAUGUUUUAGUGUUUUAGAGUUACGGUUUUGUUGAAGAAAUAAUUUGUAUUUUUGUACAGAGUUCUUGAAAUAUUUAUAGUAGGCAAAUACUUUCAGUGAAGGCUUGUUACAAAAUUUGAGAUAGUGUACACAAUAUGCCCGCCGUAAACUAUGUAACUGUAUCUGCUGAGAGGGGAUAGGCGUGUAUUUUAAUCUUCAUAACUUAUGAUUAAAUGUAAUGACUGGAAUCCCUUACCAGUAUACCUGAGUGUAGAGAGAUUAGGUAAUGUAUGGAUUAUGUUUAUUCUA